UGUGAUGCUUUUUCUAUGUUUAAUUUCAAAGACAAAUUUGCAUUGAUUGUCAAUAUUGGAGGUUAUUUUUUGAAAUGUGGACCUAUUGUGGACUAUCUUGGUGGUAGUUUGAAGAGUAUUUAUGGGUUAGAUAAGUUGGGAGUUAACAAGUAUGAAAAAAUUGUUUAUAGAAUACCUAGUGCUGGUGUUGGAGCUGAUAGUUUGAAAGAUAUAACUGAUGAUAAAGGGGUUAUGGAGAUUAUUAGUUGUGGUAAUAAUAGGAAAACUGUAGUUCAAAUUUAUGUGGUUGGUGGUGACAUCAAUGAUGAUAGGGAAGGUGAGAAUACACAAUCUGCAAGCCAUAUGCAAGAUAUUGAUGAUAGGCAAGAGGUGAAUGGUUUAAGAAGGCUGAGGCAUCAAUUGAGGAUGAGCCUGCAGGCCAGUUGGAAGAUAUUAUUGAUAAUAUAG